AUGCCUUCUAUCCACGAUCGGAUCCGCGAGGAAGUACUCAACAAGACGCGCGCGCUAUGGACGGCGCUCACGUCUGCUGAUCCUGCGCCGGAAAUCAAAAAGCUGAGCAACGAGGAGGUGAAUCUCAUCUUUCCCAAGAUGGAGACCUUGACGCUCCAAGACGAAGAGCAUUUCGAUGCUGCAAUGAAACCGCCGUUCCACCGGUUCGAUGGGUACCAGCUCGACGAUGUCCGCACCAUUAUUAUCGAUCUCAUGGCGGCGUCGGUGACAUACAAGGUCUAUGCCACGCGAGAUAAUAAGGAAUAUCGGGCAACGGGUGCCACUACAUGGAGCCAAGGGUCAGACGGAGAGUGGAGGAUUGUGGUCCACCAGGAAACGAUGAUGUAG